UUACUUCGUAUGGUAAUUGCACACGUGGUACAGCGAUUGUCAAAUGCUCACCACGAGGUAGCCAGUUUACACCGCGUGGUUGGAGCGAAGUGUCAAGAGUUUACAUUGAGGUGUUUGUGCAGAUUUUAUCGUUAAUUCUCAAUAAUAUCAUCUUUAAUAUUGAAAAAUGACUGACACAGGAAAAGUCAAGCGAGGACGUGACUUCAAAUUCUCCCGUCCAUGGGAACACUGCUUUGGAUCUGACCAGGAUGAACAUGAUCUCCAUGAGAAAAAGAAAGAUCCUUUGAGAUCUCAGAUUGACGCCAGGAAACGUAGAGGAAAUUUGCCAAAAGAAGCAGUGAGAAUUCUGAAAACCUGGCUCCAUGAGCAUCGAUACAAUGCCUACCCUUCAGACCAGGAGAAAGUGUCCCUGUCAAGUGCUACCAACUUGACAGUUCUACAGGUGUGUAACUGGUUUAUAAAUGCAAGGAGAAGGAUUCUCCCUGAAAUGAUCAAGAAAGAUGGUCAAGAUCCACUUCAAUACACAAUUACCAGAAAACAUAAACAGUCCUUGCUGGACAGGGUCACCUUCACCACUGGAGAAGAUUCCAACAUGGAAAAUAGUUACGAUGGGAAUGAUGACAUAUACAGGUCUAGAAUGCCUUUUAUGAUAGACACUGAUGGCUACAUGUCUGAUUGUGAAGCAUCUUCAUCCAGUGACUUUAAUUCUGAAUCGGAAUCUGUGUCGGAUACAAGUGAUGGUAUGUCAAGUCGAUUUCAUGAGCAUAGCUACACUCAACGCUAUGAACGCGUUCCAGUUCAGGAUCAUUCAUCCAUUUCCAAUCAUGAACUUGUUCGCAAGGAUUCAUACCCGUCCGAUGACAACACUCCUCCCCCAUCACCACCAGAACCUACCCAGGUUACCCACACACCCGAGUCAUUCAAUGCUUUCCUCAUGCUCGUUGAUGUCGCAAUGAGUCAGCUGGAAAAACAGAAAUGUGAAGAAGCCACAAGCAAAUCUCCACAAAAAUCAUUCAUGUCCUUGUGAAAUUAACUGAAAGAUCACAUUUGGAAAUAACAUUAACUUUUUACCUGCGAAUGAAGGAUAUAAUUUCAUGGACAGAUUUAUAACAUUUUUGUGACACAAACUUAAUACUUUGCAAGUUUCAAAAACCAGAUGCAGCUAAAAGAGGAUAUAUACCGUAUAUAUAUUAUGUACAAUUUUAAAUGGACAUAUAAUUAUUUACCAUGAUGACAAAAGUGACAUGUACAGUGAUUUCAUUGUUUCUUACUGCCUCAGGAUUUUUCUUAUCUUGAUAAGUCUACUGGAUUAGAAAUGUAGACAGCCUAAAGGUACACUGUGAAAUGACAGUUGUUACAUAAUUGUGAAAAAAUGCAGCCUUCUGGGGGUUGAUAACUAGGCACUGAAAAUUAAUUGAUAAGAAAACUGGGUUGAUUUAUAUUCAUUUAAAAUUUCAACUAUCCAAACAUUUCCUAAAAAAUUCUGGUUAGUAGUAAUGGUAGACAGCUCAAUUUACAAGCAGCAAGAUAUAUUGUGUCAUAUUGGUUAAGUGCCCUUUCCAUCUGAAUUUAGAUAACAGGUGGGCUUUCUACCUACAGUACAUCGGCCACAUGGUAAACAAAUACCCCUGUCGGUGUUUACAACCCAUUUCCCGCGUUAGGUUCACUUUGACAGCCAUUGUCACCGGCCGGCUCUCCUCUGCAAUGAUUGGCUGAGCGGGCCAUGCCAUGUGUGUGUACAGGAGCACCGCGUGCGUGUGUAUAGUUUUAUCGGGACUAUGUUACUGCACAGACUUGGAUAAGAUAGGAAUCUAAAUCCGGACUUGUUACAUUUAUAAGUGUUUUUAUGCCGGUACACUUAACAAUAUUGUUCUAAAAUCAUCUAAUUUUACGUGCUACAAUAUAAUGUUGGAAAUGGAAAUUAAUUGUGGAAAUACAAAUUAUAUACUAUUACUGUUGAACUAUAAGACACGUGGUUUUACACUGCCAGUGUGUUUUUUUUUGUUGCAUAUUCACGUUGAUCUAAGCAUUUAAGUUGAUCUAAGAAUUGUAUAUUUUAGUCAGAGUAUUUUUUUUAGAAGGCUGGCUGUUGCCAUAUUUAUGCUUGAAACAAGACUGCCGAUUUAUUAUGCUCAAUGAGAUAUAUAUUCAAAUUGUAAUUCUCAACUUAAUUACUCGGUCUGAAAUUGCAUUUGUAUAAAUUGUAUAUUUUGAAACUAUUUGUAAUAAGAAUGUGAAAAAUAAAAAUGAAAUCCUAUGAUA